AUGACCUCUUCCACGUUCACGGCUCCGUUUCUGGUGCGGUUGUUCAAAUCGUUAGACACGCUGAUCGCGCUUCAUUACAGCACCAACUACUUUUCAUCGAUCGUGCGGCUGUCGAGCAUUUCGAAACAGGUUUUGAACCUCACCGAGGAGACGCUCGUGGUGAUCAAAUCGAUCUACCCUGAGUCGUACCACCUUGAGCGCAUUACCGACGACGUGACGAUCGACGUCUACUCAGAGGAGGCCGAAGAUCGCGACCGGCAGCGGUCGCUGCUCAUCCAGAACAUCGAAACGCGACAGCAAACGUUCAAAAGCUGUCUAGAUAGCUGGUUCGACAAGGGGUGUCCUAUAACGUUCAAGCUAGCACAGAAAACCACCGCAUCCCCACGCAAACCGGCCAAGGUCACAAAACCAGCGAACCCGCGUCUCAAGUACGAAUUCCACGAGAAAAAAGUGGACUCUGACCUGCCUCUCCUCGAACGCAUCAGACUGAAAAGCUCCAUGAAGAAAAACGCAUCGCCGCAUAAACGCAAACAGGAGUUACUCCAAUCGAAACUCAUCCCGAUCUACAACGUGCUGUACGAGCAGUCACCCAAGUUCGGGGCCGCGAAAACUAUAAACUUAAGCAUAGCCCGACUGCAACAACUAAUAAAGGACUCGCUAAACAUGCCGCUAUCGGAAACCGAGAUCGGCCAGGUCCUGAAUGGGCUUCAGGACCGGCUGGGACUCGAUGUGGUUGCCAUUGGCGACACACAGGUGCUGAAAAUCCCCAAACUCAACAGAACAAGCGAUCUUGCCAAACUGGCUCCCGAGACGGUUUCGGAAUCCUAA